UAGAAAACAAUAUCCUAGCAGCAAGUAUUAAAAAAUUUGUGAUGAUUAUUGGGUAAAAAAUUGAAUGACCUGCCAUCAAAACCAUGAUAAGAUUAUAGAAAUAAUGUUCUCUUAUUCUAUACUUUAAUAUUUGGUAAUGUAUGCACCAUUUGUUUGUCGCUAUAUGAUCUAUGGGAAGGGAUACGAUUCUUCUAUUCCGAGUGUAUAGACAGGUAAACAAAAAGUAAGAAAACACUAGAGCUGCCGCUAAAAGCGUUCGUUCGGGGCACGGAGAUAGUAUAAUGGCAGAUGAGGCAGAACCAAAACCAGUUGACAAGGACAACUUCAAGUUGGGUUUCAUAGGCGCUGGCAACUUGUCAGGAAGUAUUGCAACCGGAUUGGUGAAGCUGGGGAUACUUCCGGCUUCAAGAAUUUUUACUGCCCAUCGAAACCCUCAGAGCAGGGUGGCUUUUACUUCCAUUGGAAUCAAGGUUUUCCAGCAAAAUCGUCAGGUAGUUGAAGAAUGCGAUGUGAUAAUUCUUGGGGUGAAACCUCAAAUACUUGAGGGUGUGAUGUUGGAAUUGGGCCCACUGCUUUCACCAGAUAAACUCCUGGUAUCGCUUGCUGUAGGCCACAAAUUGAAAGUUCUACAGAAAUGGGCUGGUCAUGGUCGAUUUAUCAGAGUGCUCCCAAGCACAGCUUGUGCUAUUGGAGAGGCGGCAAUAGCUAUGCAUUUGGGAGAAGAUGCAACAGAAGAAGAUGGAGAGCUAAUAUCUAAUCUUUUUGGAGCUGUUGGCAAGGUAUGGAAAUUGGAUGAAAAAUUGUCUGAUGCUGCUGGUACUAUCAGCGGGGCAGGUACAGCAUUUGUAUAUAUAGCAAUUGAAGCUAUGGCUGAUGGAGGUGUAGCUGCAGGCUUACCAAGAGAUAUUGCUUUAGGCUUUGCUGCUCAGGCUUUCUAUGGCGCAGCAGCCAUGGUAAUGAAAGCAGGAAAGCAUCCAGGUCAACUGAAAGACCAAGUGGCUUCACCAGGAGGAACCACCAUUGCAGGAAUUCAUGAGCUUGAGAAAGGUGCAUUCAGGGCCAGCUUGAUGAGUGCUGUUGUUGCUUCUACUAAGCGUAGCCAAGAGAUGAGCCAGUAGAGUUACUUCCAUGGCUGUUACAGGUUUUCAACCUUUCAAAUAGUUCAAUGAUUUUCAUAAUGUAUUUAUGUUUGUCUACAUUUGGGGUGAAAUCAGUUUGAAUCAAAUCCUAUGAGAGGACUCUUUUGGUUUGUAUAUUUGAAUGCUACUUUUAAAUAAAAGGAAAUGAUCUCCCUUCCAAGUA